UGGAAGAAGUUUUCAUCACUGCUUGCUGUGGGCAUGGUGAUUCCAUAGUUAAGAACCGAGAGCACCAGAGCUGCAGCUAAUGCAUUACACAUUUCGUGUGGUAGAACUGUAGAAGGAAGGCAGAAGGGAAAGAGGUGAUGUUAUCUCUAUGAAAUUGAGUAUUUUGUUGGUUUCAGUGAUCUGUCGUGAUGGGCCCGCCCAAUAUAGUGGUGCAAGAACUUGCUCUGCAGCUUCGUAAGGUGGAAUUUCUUGGAUAGUUCUUUCAGCGAUGCCAUACAAGUCAAAUCCUUUCCUUGUCAGUAUUAUUAGCACCAUAAAACUGGAACGGACUAGUCAGCUAGGGAGGAGAAUUCACAAUUGUUUUCCCUUCUCUUGUCUCAUAUGCACUCUGGAAUUCCACUUGCCACAUUGAAUUCAUGAUCAGUAUAGUACGUCAGGCUUGACUUUUCUUCUUCCUCCCUUGAAUAUACACCCAAAAGUUUCUCUUUUAACCAUCACGCAACCGCAACAGCAAAAUAGGUGAAGCACUCAAGCCACAUAAUCUUCUCAGUUGCUCUGGUUUCCACUUUCUUCCCUGAUCUUGCCUUUGCUAAGCUUCCAUGGCUAGCUGUCGUGUGUUUCUUCUCUGUGUUGCCCUGCAAGCACUAGCCAUGGCUUCCACACUUUCAGCCCUUCUAAUGAACACUGAACUGCUAGAUGUUCAAGGGCAAACCUUUUGCCCUUCUUCUUCCUGUGGGCUUCUCCAAGACAUUCGAGAUCCUUUCCGUAUGCGAGGUGAUCCACCUGGUUGCGGUUUUCCAGAAUACGAGCUGGUUUGUAUUGAUAACAAGGCUAUAAUUUACAUCAACAGUGGAAAAUACUUUGUGACCAACAUCUCCUAUACUGACAAUACAUUCUGGGUUGUUGAUGCCAAUUUGGAUAAUAGCAGUUGUCCCAUUCCUGCGAGCAAUCAUCGUCCCUAUAUAAACAGUUCAGGGACCGAAGGCAACAUCCUGUUGGAUACUGAUACAGUUACUUGGGCUGCUUUUGUGAGUUGUUCAGAGAUGCUAAGAAGUGAUGUAAUUUCCUCGUCCACCAGUUGCUGUAGUGGUACUUACAGGCUUGUCGAUUGCCAGAGUACAAAGAAUUCUUUUGUUUAUGUCUUCAUCACUACAUUCAUUCCUGAGGUUCAAUACAUCAAACCUUCAUGUAGUUACUUGUCCAUGAUCCCUUUGGGCAAUCGGCAACUGAGGGCACCAUAUAAUGCAACCUUUGAAGAUGUUGUAAAAUUUAUGAGGAAUGGAUUUGCUGUUCGAUUUCCUUACCGAAAUGAAGGCAUGACAUAUCGUCAGAUCAUUAACAUAUGUAUGAACAAUUCGAUGAGUUAUUUCCACGAUCGAAAAUCUAGUUCUAGCAUUGUGGAUCGGACCUUUGCCGCCAUUUUUGGGAUAGACUGGAAGUUCUUGACAUGUGUAAAUGAUUACUCCUACUGGACUAAAUUAUUUUGGGCCGUGCUCACCAUAAUUUCUACUAUAAAGUUCAUGAUUGUACUUGCUAUGCUAUCAAGGUUUAUGUUUUCACCAUUAGCUAUAUUGACCUUCCUCGCCUACAAAUACUGGAAAACAAGGAUAUCCAUUGAUGCAGUAGAGAAGUUUCUUCAAAUGCAACAAACUCUUAGCCCAACAAGAUAUGCCUAUACAGAUAUCACUGCAAUCACAGGGCAUUUCAGAGAGAAGCUGGGCCAAGGAGGCUACGGGUCUGUGUACAAAGGUGCGCUUCCUGGUGAUGUUUUUGUUGCUGUCAAAAUGUUGGGCAAUUCGUUCUGCAACGGAGACGAAUUUAUCAGUGAGGUUUCCACCAUCGGAAGUAUCCACCAUGUCAAUGUAGUGCGCCUCUUGGGGUUUUGCUCGGAGGAAAUGAGGAGGGCACUCGUCUACAAAUACAUGCCCCGGGGAUCGCUUGAUAAGUACAUCUUCUCCUCUGAGCGAAGUUUUUCCUGGGAUAAACUCAACGAAAUAGCUCUAGGCAUCGCCAGAGGAAUCAGUUACCUGCAUGGAGGAUGCGAUAUGCAGAUACUGCACUUCGACAUCAAGCCACAUAACAUCCUUUUAGACAGUAACUUCACUCCCAAAAUUGCUGACUUUGGGCUGGCCAAACUGUACCCAAGGGACAACAGCUUUGUGCCGGUGAGCGCUGCCCGGGGAACGAUUGGGUACAUAGCUCCUGAGAUGAUAUCUCGUAAUUUUGGUGUUGUUUCGUGCAAGUCAGAUGUUUACAGCUUCGGCAUGCUCUUGCUGGAGAUGGCUGGGGGCCAGAGAAACUUGGACCAACAUGCAGCAAGGAGAAGCCAGACUUACUACCCAGCUUGGGUGUAUAGUCAUAUAUCUCGGAAAGAGUUAGGCGAGAUUUGUGAAGCUUUUGACAUCCAUGAGAUGGAGAGGAAGCUGUGCAUUGUCGGCUUAUGGUGCAUCCAGAUGAGACCUCAUGAUCGGCCGACAAUGGCUGAGGUCAUAGAGAUGCUUGAAGCUGGCGUUGAUGCCCUGCAGAUACCACCCGAGCCAUUCUUCUGUGGGUUUGAGCAGGAUUCUGCAGCUGACAGCUUCCAAUUCUCCACCUCGGAGUUGAGUGCAAUAUCAGAGGACGAGGUUACUGAUUCCACGAGGUGAAUUGCCAGUGUGCUAUACAAAUGGCUAGAAUCUGUUUUCCUUUUUCAUUGAUACCCGCUACUAUCUGAACUUGGAAAAUGCCGGGUCAGAAGGAAAGCGAAAGCUAGAGUCAUAUUCCAAGGAAGAAAAAUAAAUGUAAAAAAUUACCCAAAGCUGAUCUGCUAGUGGAUGGACCGUUUACUUUGACGUGAUGAUGAUGUGUUACCAGUCAGUCAGCGGUUGUGAUUGUCACUGUCCUUUUCUUUGCCGAAAAAGGCAGCUGUCAUUGUUGGGGUGCAAUUAGCCGCCCGGAGAUGACCAAAAUAUUCAAACCACCGGUGUCCAAUCCCUCGACCUCUGCCGUCACUGGCGGACAGCUGACCCAUAUCUUUUUUUUUUUGAAAAUAACAGCUGACCCAUAUCGCUCCUAAGUAUAGGCCCAUUAUUUCUUUCUAUCAAAGCCGGCCAUUGUUGACCAAGUCCUGAACCACGACGAACUACGAGGUAUCGUCCGCAUCCUUGUUCUCCGGCGAGCGGCGGCCGCCCGCUGACGUGAGAUGAUUCCCUGCCGUUGCGGUUCCGCUAGACCAGGAAACCGGCCGGUUGGGUUGUAAAAUGGCGGACGUCUCCGAACUUCCGAAGCAACGCGGCGCUGAUCUGCGCUUUUUGGGCCGUUUGUGCUAUGGGCCUAACGAGUGCUGCCUGCUUCAAAGCACAGCAGCUCGGCUGCAGACAGCCCAAAGCACACCAAUGUGCUGUCUGCAGCCGGCUGCUGCAGCUGAAUGAGGAGAUUACUGGUUCCACACGGCUGAAGUAGUAAUGUGCUACAGGUAUCUAGAACAUGAACCUAUAGCUUCAGUUGCCGUUUCAAAUUAUAUCUUUAUUUUUCACUAAUACCCCUUCAAAGCAAUCUUCAGGGGAGAUUUCUGGUGCUUGAAAAUCGAUGUACUUGGAGUCUCAUUCAAAUCAAGGAUUAAGCUACAUGGACAGACA